CCACCCCCACCGCCCACCACUGCGUGAGCCGCCACCGCUCCCACCCACGCGCCGUGCCGGCCUCCAUCGCUCCACACACCGCUCGCAGCCGCCGCCGGCGAGCCGACUGACCUCCUCCUCUUCCUCCUCCUCCUCCUCCUCCCCACUGCUGCGCGCGCCACAGGCUCCUCGGAUCCUCUCCACUCAGGACCGCAACAGGAACAGAGACGCCACCUGGGGUCUCCGACGCUGCCUGAGCCUAGAGGGUUGUCACAUAUUUUUGGAGAGUCUGCGCUCCUCCCUGCCACAACCAUCCCAUCUCCAUCCCUGUGAACAAGAUGGCACGUCAGUCGGCGCUCUCGCUCGCGAGAGACCAGGCGAAGGUGGGAGCACUGAAGCGUCUGACCCUGGGCUCAUCCAAGACGGCGGGGCGGAACUCGUCCGGGCGCAUCACCUCUUACCACCGUGGCGGAGGGGCCAAGAGGCUGCAGAGGAAAGUCGAUGUGAAGCGGGACACCUCUUCCCUGGGCAUUGUGGAGCGGAUCGAGUACGACCCGAAUCGCUCCUCUAGCGUUGCUCUGGUGCGAUGGGUCCAAGGGGUGCAUUUCCGCCGCCCCAAGACUCUGCAAGAGCCCAGCGCCAAGCCACCGGUCCUCGAAUCUGCCACUGCUGAUGUCUCUGCUCGGUUUUCCCUUGCUCCGCUGUCUGGUAGAGUGCACAAGGAAAAGGAAGCUGCUGCGCUGUACUCUUCUUUGGGCAGUGGAGAUAUUGCAUCUCUUAAAUCUGGUGCCAGCUUGCCUAGGAUAGCAUUAGCUGGUGCAAAGCCCACUUUCUAUGCUCAAGUCAGAGGAAUUGAAGAAAAACAGACAUUCUCUCUUUCUGGAAUUCAAAAAUGGGCAGCAGAUGAUGCGCUUUGGACACAGAGGAUGAAGCGUCAAGCUGCUCUCUCUUGGCAGAAUGAUCUCAAGAAGAAACCUUUGCUCCAGACACAGGCUAACCGCUUCAGUAGCUCGGCAGCAAAGUCUAUUGGUAUGAGUAAAGGGUCAAAGGGAAAGGCUGAUUGUGUACCGGUAUCUUAUAUACUGGCCAGUCACCAAUGCAUGCCAGGCAGUACAGUGAUGAACUAUGACUCCUCGAAACCCUCUAAGAGUACAUCCUCUUCACCAUAUUCCUCAGCUAAUCAGUUUGAUAUAAUUGAUCUCAACUCAAAGGUUGGAAAUUGUAUACCACUAGCCAAUGCACGAAUUGGAACAUGGGUGCACGACAUUGAAUGUCGUCCUGGUCAGGGUGGGAAGAUGGUACGAGCAGCUGGUACAUAUGCUAAAGUAGUCCAGGAGCCAGGUGUACAGUGUGUUCUGCGUCUUCCUUCAGGUGCUGAGAAGAUUGUCGAUUCAAAAUGCCGUGCUACAAUUGGUAUAGUCUCCAAUCCAAGCCAUGGAACACGCAAGCUAAGGAAAGCAGGGCAUAGCCGGUGGUUGGGCAGACGCCCUGUUGUCCGUGGUGUUGCGAUGAAUCCUGUGGAUCAUCCCCAUGGUGGAGGCGAGGGGCGUACCAAAGGAGGCAGGCCUUCAGUUUCUCCUUGGGGAAAGCCCACCAAAGCUGGGUACCGGUCACCAAAUGUGGCCAGCCGUAAAACUUCUUAGUUUGAUGUAACGAGCUCAUAUGGAAUGGCCCUUUUUGUUUCGGAUCUUUGUAGUUGAGAAAAUAACGAACAGAUGUUGGUGGUAGAGGGAACUGUGAUGCAUCAUCUUGGUUGUGAUGUAGAAAGCAGACAACAGAGAAGUAAUGUUUUCAUUCCUAUAUUUGUCAGUGUUUCAUUUUGCAGAAAUACAUAACAUGGCCUUCCAAUGAUACAUUAUCUUUCACUCCAGUGAUACAUUAUCUUUGUCUUCGUCAAUCCUGAUUA